GGAGAGGUGCCAGUUCUCCUCCUUGAGCAAGGCACCGAAACUUAAAAAUAUUGCUUGUUUUCUCCAGGUUAGGAUGAUGGAAAGGUGGCAGCACCCUCUUCUUCUGCUGUGGAUUACAGUGGUAGUGUUGAACAUACUGGGAAGUAAUGCUGCAGAAAACGGCACACUGGUGAAGAACCUGACCAAUGAGUCCCUGCAGGUCAUUCCUCAGAGUGACAACAGUUCAAUUGUUACUAAACUGGUGAUUGAGGGAAGCCUGAUUACUCUGAAUAAGACUGACAGACGAGCUCUGGCUAGUUAUCCCAAACUGGUGGAACUCCACCUGAAUGGUAACCAGGUGACCGGUGUACCAGCCAGGUACUUCUCUGUGGUUCCACUGCUCAAGGUGUUGUCUCUGUCUGGGAACAAAAUCAGCAGCCUGGACCCACAGUCUUUCUCUGGCCUGAAGUUACUAACAGAGCUGGACCUGUCCAACAACCAGCUGACCAGUGUCCAUACACAGCUGUUCACACAGCUCAGUAAACUACAGGUGCUGAAGCUACAGGCGAACCCCUGGAAUUGUUCCUGUCCACUGCUGAGCAGCGGAGGGGUUAAAGCAGGUGGAGGUAGCACAGGGGGGCCGCAGGUCACCUGUGCUCCACUGAAGGAUGAGACAGGGAGGGAUUUUUUGAAGGCUAUAGGUGUGUGUUACCCACCAUCACCACCACCCACCUUCACUACAGUCCCAAAAGAAGCACCGACAUCAGUCAGUGUUGGGCAGUCGAGCUCAUCCACUACGCUGCUGACCACACUGACAAACCAGAGCCGCAACAACAGAGCACAACCAGCCCAGACGCCUGUGCUGGGCAACACGUGGAAGUUCACAGCGUGCGUUGCAGCCUUGGCUCUGUGCUCCUUGAUGCUCAUCACGUUAGCCAUAAAGGGCCCCUCCUGGUACAAACUCUACCACAACUACCGCCAUCGGAGACUACACCAAGACGAACUGGAGGAGGACCCGGUCUCGACGAUCUUCACAGAGACGAUGAGACACCAUCAGACUUUCAUUUUUGAGGAAGAGAACGGGCAGAUAGAGGAGUAUGGGGAGGAAGAGGAGGAGGAGGAUGUAUAUUUUGAGGAUCCAUACAUCAAGCGAGAAGAGUGACAUGCAUCAUUGUUCCUCUAGACGGGAUACCACAUUGGGUGGAUAAGCUAAAUCAAAUCAUUUAGCUAUUUGUUCUCUAAGCACUUUGUUUUCUAUCAUUCAGGUGUCAAUCCUGUCCUAGCUGUGUCUUAUUCUGUGUGUUUCUGGCUGACAAAUCAGGCGUGCUCAUACUAUGACAGUCCACAGAUAGAGCUCUUUACUCUCUUUACACUUAACUCCACAGAUCCAGACUGUAGACCAGAUGUUCCUCAAGGAAGUCCAUUUUCUAUCACUGAUUUAACAGACGACUGCUGUCAUACUGUGACAUAUUUCAUGAAUAUAUUAUAUUAUAUUCAACACAUAACAAUACCAGAGCUGAUAAACAUAUGGUGAACCUAAAGUGUGAAUGUAAUAACUACAGGAAGUUCGUGUCAGUAUUUUCCUGAUAUUUUUCUCAGUCUGUAUUAUGUAUUUUUCAUUUUUAACAAUCGUACACACUUAAAAAGCUUCUAUUUUUCACAAAUUCAGAUUUGUUUGAACUUUUCCACUGCAGGACGAGGCUGUUUGGCGGAGAGUGAGAGUAGGCUGUGUGAACAUAAUCUGCAUUCAGGUCUUUUUUUAAGUUGAGCUAUAGAUAUACUGUGUGUUUUUUCCUCUCACUCCAUGAAUCUUUGGUGACCCUCAACUCCAUUAAAUUCAUUUACACAUGCUUGUUUUGAAAGUGUGAAGCUGAUAUUUUAAGAUACACGUUGAGAUGUUACUCAAAUCACAGGAAGUUGAAGUGACUGUUUAUGUGAGCUCUUCAGACAACGUGGGAAAUAUGUGAUGUGGUGUCAAUGCUGUGAAUUAGUGUUUAACUGAGUGAAUGAGCUCCACAUGUAGCUUUCCUUCCAAGUCUGUAUUUGUUAUUUACAGUAUGAUCCCCUCAGAUCAUCUUAGCCACUGAGCCUAACGUUAGCUUUACCUGCACACUUUUGAAGAUUGUGGGUCAAACCAAAGAUUCUUCUGCUUCAUUCUUUUUGUGUGAUGUAACCCACACAACGCAUUAAAGAUGAACAUGUAAAUAUGCUCACUGAUGCAACUCUGUAGCUUAAAUUGUUGUUUAACUGUAUGAAAAUGUAAUACAGCUAACAACCAUGAUGAAAGGCAUGAC